AUGAAGCGAUAUGGAGUCUGGGCAGGCGAUCAUGAAAGGCGUUUGUACGCAAAACUCGCUGAGGGCUACAAUAAGCUUGCUCGACCAGUGCGCAAUGAGAGCGAACCAGUUCUAGUACUGCUCGGCCUUGACUUCCAGCAGAUUCUAGAUGUAGACGAAAAACAUCAGAUCAUGCAUUCAAAUGUUUGGUUACGUAUGCACUUCGAAAGAAUAGCUCUACGAGAUCAGCGUGACCUCGGUGACCAAUUCUACGAUAAAACUGUGGAUCAUGGCUGUCUCUGGCAGCUCCCAACACAACGUUUGAAACUCUCAAUGAGUGAGCAAUUAAUACAAUUGGUCGGAUUACAAUCAAUAGCUGGACCAAGUUUUAAGCGAAGUUGGUAG